AUGCUCGACCAUAUUCUUCAGUCGGCUCUGGGCGCCAUCUCGCUCAGCAAGCUACUUGCUGCCAUUCUCUCUGCUGCCGGUCUGAGCUACGUGAUCUACCAAGUCUGGUUUCACCCCCUGGCAGCCUAUCCCGGUCCCUUCCUCGCCAAACUGACCGACCUGUACUCGGUGCUGCACGCCGUACGCGGGGACCGGCACGAGGACCUGUAUCGACUGCACCAGCGCCAUGGCCGCAUCGUCCGGAUCGGGCCCAACCGGGUCACGAUCCUGGAUGCCCGAGCGCUGGAGCCCAUCUACGGCCACCAGGCCAACGUGCAGAAGUCGCAGUGGUACCACAGUUUCUACAGCGUCAGCAUCUUCAACGCCAUCGACCGCAACGUGCACGCGCGCAAGCGCCGUGUCAUGUCGCAGGCGUUCUCGGACCAGGCCCUGCGGGGGAUGGAACCGCACAUUCUGACCGCGAUCCGCGAGUGGUGCCUGGCGUUGGGGGACCAGCAUAGCAGCCAGACCCAGAAAAGCAGCAGCAGCAGCGGCUGGUCCCGGCCAAAGGACAUGGUGCACAUGAGCGCGUGCCUGAUCUUCGACGCGCUGGGGGAGAUCUGCUUCGGGAAGACGUUCGACACGACGAUCAGCGACGAGAACACCUUCUUCUUCCGGAUGAUGGCGCUGAACGUGCGGAUCCUGAACAUCUGCGGGCAGAUGCCGUGGCUGCGGCGGAUCGGGUUCGACCAGUACCUGCGCAUGGGCACGGCGGCGGACCGCGAGCGCCAGAUCGCCUUCUCGCGGCAGCAGCUGACGGCGCGGCUGGCGGCCACGCCGUCCACGGCGCGGCGCGACAUCAUCUACUACCUGCAGCAGGCGCGCGACCCGGAGACCGGGGAAGGGUACUCGACGCAGGAGCUGAUCAGCGAGUCGACGCUGCUCCUGGGCGCCGGGGCCGAGACCGCCAACACGGCGCUGGCCGCGACCUGGUACUUCCUGGCCCACCACCCGGCCGUGCGCGCGCGCCUGACGGACCGGGUGCGCGCGCACUUCCCCACCCUGGAGGCCAUCGUCGCCGGCCCGGGCCUCGCCGCCGGCCAGAUGGGCUACCUGCGCGCCUGCAUCGAGGAGAGCAUGCGCCUCUGCCCGCCCGUGCCCAUGGACCUGCCGCGCGAGGUCCUCCCCGGCGGGCUGCGCGUGCUCGAGUGGCACUUCCCCGCCGGCACCAUCGUCGGCGUCCCCACGUAUGCGCUGCAUCACUCCCCCGCCCACUUCGACCGGCCCUUCGUCUACGACCCCAGUCGCUGGGUGCUGCGCGGCAGUGAGACCGCCGACUCCGACGCCGAGGGCGUCUCGCCCGCGGUCAUGGCGCGCCAACGCGCCGCCUUUGCCCCCUUCAGCAUCGGCCCGCGGGCCUGCAUCGGUCGCAACGUGGCCAUGCUCGAGUUGGAGGUCAGCGUCGCGCGCGUGCUCUGGCUGUAUGAUCUGCGGUUAACCCCGGGGAUGGAGCAUCUGGGGGUCGGCCACGAAGGCGAGUACAAGAUGAAGGAUAAUUUCAUUGUGGGCAAGGAAGGCCCCAUCUUGGAAUUCCGGAGACGGGAGGGGGCUUAG